UAAAAUUGCAAUCAGACGUUUAUGAUAAAGUUAAACAGAGCUGUCUAGAAGAUUUCCAAAGGUCUUCACCAGAAAUCCACAAGAUAAUGGCUAUCGGUGAAAAACUUAGCCAAAGUCAAGAAAACGUUGAGCAAGAACGCAAAGGUUUGCUUGAUUUGGAAAGUAAAAUUAACGAAAAGACGGAUUAUGUAAAGUCGAAGAUUGCAGAGAUAGAUAAAUUAAUCGAACAAGCAAAGAACAUGCCUGAGGUCUCAGUUGAUGAUGUUCUAUGCGGAACAACCAUAGUUUAUAAUCAGUAUGAAUCAUUUCAGUUACUUGACUUCUGUAUCUUUCCCAGAUAA